AUAAACAGUCAAGAAUUUUUAAAAUUCCUGUCAAAAAAUCUUAACCUUAAUUAUUUUUUCAAGAUAUUCUUCAAAAUUCAACAUGAGUGUGUGCGAUACGUGGAAUAAAGAUACCUUAGAAAAUCCAAAUAUAAAAACCUCUUUAUCCUCCGAAUGGACCUUCAAAUCACCUCGAUCGAGCCCCAGAUCAUCAUCACCCCCUCCCUCAAGCAGAGCUGGAGAAGCUAUAUUCCAUAAGUAUAAUGAACUUAUAAAUUCCAGAACAAACAUGACGGAUGCUAAGCAAUUAAUAGAGCCGUUGGAAAAGCCAUUUGACUUCUUCGACGAUGAAGAAUUUGCGUUUGGAAUUAAUCUGUUAAGGAAUAAUGUAGCUUGUGUGGGCGAGAAUAUAACGAAGCGUAUACAAAUGUCACAAGAGCCAUGGCCUGACAAUGUCAAGCUGUUCCAGCCGUAUGAAGUGGAGCAGAUCUUGCUACCAGAUAAUGCCAGCUGCUUGGCUGUACAAGCUUUCUUGAAGAUGUGCAACCUACCCUUCGAAGUAGAGAUGCGCUGGAACGCAGAAUUCAUGUCCCCCUCUGGUCGAGUUCCUUUCAUCAAGUGUGGAGCCUUCGUAGUGUCUGAGCUCGAGCCCAUAGUGCAGUUUGCAGCAAACAAGAACGUGUCCCUAUGUGCCAGGCUGAGCACAGAGGAGCGAGCUGAGAUGAGAGCUUAUAUGAGCUUGAUCACCAAUGUGUUGGUUAAUGCUGAGCUCUACAUAUCAUGGGUAGAUCAAGAUACAUUUAAUGCAGUGACCCGGGUUCGCAACUCUUCAGUAUACCCUUGGCCCUUGGGAUGGCUGCAGACCAGGUCCAAACGCUCCAGCGUCAUCAAGCGGCUGAAAGCGCUGCAUUGGCACGAUAAGAUACUGGACCAGGUUUUGGCUGAUGUAGAACAGUGCUGUAACUCAUUGAGCCAAAGGCUUGGCGAUAGGGACUACUUCUUUGGCACGCCAACCCCAUUGGAUGCGUUAAUCUAUGGCCACGUCAGAGCGUUGCUAUCAGCUACGGGACCCAAAGCAGCUUUGAUGAUUAAACCGCUCACUAGCGCGCUCCUGCGACAUUUACUACGGAUCUCUAAUUUGACGCAAAUGAAGCUUACUCCUCAAGAAGAGUACCUAGUAUCUCAGGGUUGUCAAAUAUGCUGUCGCCGAAUCUCUCCGGACCGAAGCGUCUCGCGACAGAAGCGAUCCAGGCUGUGCGUUAGAAGUAUCAGUCGAGAGAACACUGCGUUUAACAAGGAUAUAUUCGGAUUCAAACCAUUCGCCUCCAAGAAAAUGAUAAUAAUGACCUCCGAAAAGGGAAACAUCAUGUGUCGAUAUGAUGGUCCAAAGAAAUGCGUCAUCAACGAGGAGAACGAUUUUAUAAUCGAUUUAAUCAACGAAAUAAUCGAUAAAGUCGAUGAAAUAAUCGAGCAUUGUUACAACCACGAUUUCGAGGUUAUCGCGUAUCCGAAUGACAAUUUCGAGAAGAAAAUAAACGAUUAUUUGGACACUAUUGAUGAGGGUACUGAUGUGACUGGUUUGGAUAUCGGUGAAGAGGAGAUACAAGUGAUCGAUGGUUUAAUCGAUACUAUGAUCGAUGGGGAUCUCGAUAGUGAUGCGACAGUGACAGAUGAUUUUAUGGAAUCGGGCGCUACAGAUACGGAAUGCGAGAAAGACAUUUUUGUUGAUACUAGCGAAGUUAAUGAAGAUAAAUACCAUGAUCUGUCCGAGAAAAACUCAAUAAUUAUCUACGAUGGUAAAGGACCAUCACAGGGAAGGUCCAAUUCGAAAUCCUCCCUUGGGUUGUCUUCAGGUUCGAAUUCGACGGUAAGAAUGCAAAUCGAAAACGAAGAAAUGAGCGUUGAAAAUCUUUUGAAACACUUACGUCGAUAUAACGCUGUUUAUAACAUACAAGAGGCUGAUGUGGACUAAAUAGUGGAGAUUUUUAACAUGUGGCAACACUAUUUAUUUAUUUUUUAAAUUAGGCGCGAUUUAAACACGUUAAAACCGCUUAUCUCUUAUAACGCAUGUUUAACCUCAGUUAAAGGUAAACUCGUCCAAUUUGAUUAUCUAAAAUGUGGCUUUUGUUGUAGACAAAACUAAGCUAAAAUGACAGGCCCGAAUGUGUUAGCUAUCUGUUUCAUAAUGCUUCCUGUGGAAAAGGACAGCACUAUAUUUAGAUCUGUCACUUUAGUUUUAGUUUAGAGAUUGUGCACAGCUAAAUGAGCGGUAAGCACCAUUUCAACAACCAUAGACGGAAAACUGUUUUAAUUUUUUUUUAAUUGUCCAUGUCAUAAUCGCACCUAAAGUAAAAAACGUUUAAAGAAAAUAAUUACAAUACUUAUUGAAGCGAAAUAAUAAAUUGAUGGUAAUUUUUUUC